UCAUCACAUCCUUGAAACCUUCCUUCUUCCACGCAUUUCAACACCCUCGUACGCUCCCACUUCCCAAAUAUGCCCGCCAAGCUAGCAUCACUAAAGACCGGGCAGAGUCCAAGUUAAUACGUACUAGAAAAAAGGGCUAGCGGGAAAAGGAGAAAGAGAGAGAUGACGAGUUCAUCGCUUCGGGCGUUCGUUCUACCGAGGCGGGAAGAAGGCAGCGUAUCAGGCUGAGAGAUCAGAGAUGCAGCCUCCGGCGAAGGCUGGCCGGCUCACUCGGAGCCUGACUGUGAACGGCGGCGUGUUCAUCUUCAUCGCCGCGAUUGUCGCCUGCGCUUUCGUCUCCGCCUACUGGAUGUCUGCCAGCGCCAGAGUUGCUUCGAUCAUUCCUGCCGGUUGGGGGGCCCUUCCUCCGCAGCAGCCACCUGCUCCGGCGCCGGAUGCCGCAGAACCAGCGACGACGGCGUGCCCGGCCUACUUCCGGUGGAUCCACGAAGACCUGCGGCCAUGGCGAGCCACGGGGAUCACGCGCGAGACGUUGGAAGGCGCCCGCCGGUACGGCGCCAAGUUCCGGGUGACGGUGCUCGCGGGGCGCCUCUACGUGGCGCGCUACGGCCGGUGCUUCCAGACGCGGGACGUGUUCACGCAAUGGGGCAUCCUGCAGCUGCUCCGGCGCUACGCUGGCCGCCUCCCCGACCUCGAUCUCAUGUUCGACUGCCAGGACCUGCCGGUCAUCAACGCCGGCGACCACACGCCUCCGCCGCUGUUCCGGUACUGCGGCAGCGAGUUCACGCUGGACAUCGCCUUCCCUGACUGGUCCUUCUGGGGCUGGCCGGAGCUGAACAUAAAGCCAUGGGAAGCAUUGAGAAGGGAGAUCAGUGAGGCGAAUGCGGCGUUGGACUGGACGCGCAGGACGCCGUACGCGUACUGGAAGGGGAACCCGACGGUGGGCGCGGCGCGCCGGGAGCUCCUCAAGUGCAACGUCUCCCGCGAGCGUGACUGGAACGCCCGGAUCUACGUGCAGGACUGGAGGACGGAGGUGCGAGACGGGUUCAGGGCAUCGGACUUGGCCAAGCAGUGCACGCACAGGUACAAGAUGUACGUGGAAGGGCGCGGGUGGUCGGUGAGCGAGAAGUACAUCCUGGCGUGCGACUCCGUGACGCUGGUCGUGCGCCCGAGGUUCCACGACUUCUUCUCCAGGGGGCUCGUGCCGCUGCGACACUACUGGCCCGUGCGCGGUGACCGCGGCCAGUGCCGGUCCAUCAAGUUCGCCGUGGACUGGGGCAACUCGCACCCAGGCAAGGCGCGGGAAAUAGGAGGAAAUGCGAGCCGGUUCGUGCAGGAGGAGCUGACGAUGGAUAAUGUGUACGACUACAUGUUCCACCUUCUGAGCGAGUAUGCUAGGCUGCUGCGGUACAGGCCCACGGUGCCGGACGGGGCCGUGGAGGUCACCGUGCGGUCCAUGGCGCGCGGAAGGCGAGGGCUGGAGCGGGAGUUCAUGGCGGGCACGGCGGUGAACGUCUCGGGCAGCGCGGAACCGUGCGAGCUGCCGUUGCCUUUCGGGUCCGAGGAGCUGGAGACGCUGCGGAGGAGGAAAGCCGAUGCGGCGAGGCGGGUGGAGACGUGGGAGGAGCGGUGACCGACGACUGACCAACGAAGGAGACAAGAGUCAAAGGAUGGCGUAUCUGAGUUUCUGACAUGCGCAUUGGAUCGACCAUAGUGCAGUUGGAGUGGUAAUGGCAGGGAAACAUGAUGAGAACGGUAAAAGGAAAAUGCAGAGGUGUUUAGAUGAAUGAAUCAAUGCUUUUUUAAACACCGAUGCUUAGGAGAGGUGUUUAAAAAAGCCGAUGCGGCUAGGCCUUGUUCGAUGCAAGACGCUUAGGAGAGGUGUUUAGAUGAAUGAAUCAAUGCUUUUUUAAACACCGAUGCUUAUAUGUAGAGAGUGAACGCUUAAUCAAGCAUCUUUCAUGUAGAAA